AGAAAUGCUUUUUAUUCACACGGAGGGACACGCGGGCGAAAGGAACCUUCAAAAUGGGACUCAGGGACGAGCUUUUAAAGCCAAUCUGGCACGCUUUCACCGCCUUGGAUCUAGACAAAUGUGGGAAGGUGUCUAAAUCGCAAUUGAAGGUGCUGUCUCACAACCUGUGCACUGUAAUGAGGAUCCCUCAUGACCCUGUGGCCCUGGAGGAGCACUUCAAAGACAACGACGAGGGCCCCGUCUCCACCCAGGGAUACAUGCCCUAUCUGAACCGCUUCAUCCUGGAUAAGGUCCGUGAUAACUUUGACCGCUUGGAAUUAAAUAAGAUGUGCUGGACCCUGUGCGCCGGCAAAAACCUCAACAUCAACCACCUGCUCAUCACAGAUGAGGAUGCCUUCAAGAUUUGGUGUGUCUUCAACUUCCUGUCAGAGGAGAGGUACCCCCUGGUCAUCGUCAUUGAGGAGAUCGAGUACUUCUUGCGGAGACUAAUGGAGGCCAUGGGGGGCAGCUGGGAGGAGGAGAGGUUUCAGAGCUACAGGAUGCAGCAGAGCAGAAGGCAGCGGGACCUCAGUGCCUGGGAGUUCAUUGAUCUGGUGGGCCAGGGCCACUUCAGCAAGGGCAUGCACCGUCAGACCCUCUCCAUGGGCAUCAAGGAGGUCUUCCAGGAGCUCAUCCUGAACGUGCUCAAGAAGGGCUACAUGAUGAAAAAGGGUCACAAAAGGAAAAACUGGACAGAGCGCUGGUUUGUGCUGAGGCUUCACUCGCUCUCCUACUACGUCGGUGAGGAUCUGACAGAGAAGAAAGGAGACAUUUUACUGGAUGGACGCUCAUGCGUUGAGUCUUUACCAGACAAGGAGGGGAAGAAGUGCCUCUUCAUCAUCAGGUGCUCUGACAAAAGCUUUGAAAUCAGUGCCUCUGACACGAAGAAGAAGCAAGAAUGGAUUCAAGCCGUCCAGUCCUGCAUCUAUGCACUGAGGCACAACCAGGUCUCCCCGCACCGCGCAGCUCGGCAUCAGCGCAGGGAGCUGCGCAGGAAGCUGCAGGCCGAGCAGGACCAGCUGCAGGAGGGCAUGCGACAGCUGCAGGUUGCCAGUGAGCAGAAGCAGCGAGAGCUGGAGGCCAUGAGAAAGAAACUGCAGGACACGGCGACCAGCGCCGCCCUGGAGGAGCGCAAGAGAAUGCAGACGCAGCACGAGCUGCAGGAGCGGUACCGCGCCGACCUGGAGAGGGAGAAAAUGGUGCGGCAGCAGAUGGAGCGGCAGGUGGCGCAGAAGUCCAGCGAGCUGGAGCAGUACCUGCAGCGCGUCAAGGAGCUGGAGGAUAUGUACCACCGCCUGGAGGAGGCGCUAGAGGACGAGAGGCAGGCCCGGCAGGACGAGGAGAACAUGCGCAAGCUGCAGUCCAGGCUCCUGGAGGAGGAGGCGUGUAAGCGGGCGGAGCUGGAACACCUCCACACGCAGCAGCUGAGAGCCAUGUCUCAGACGGAGGCGGAGAAACAGGAGCUGGAGAAGGAGCGCAAGGAGAAGGAGAGCGCGCUGCGGGCGGCCAUGGUGCAGCUGGAGCAGCUGGAGAACGAGAGGAGAGGAGCUCUGCAGCAGUAUGAGGAAGUGACAAAGAAACUGGAGAGCGCGACAAACAAGACCAAGAGCUGGAAGGACAAGGUGGCACAUCACGAGGGCCUGAUUCGUCUCAUUGAGCCAGGUGUUAAGGGGCCACAGAGGAUCACAAACUGGGGACCAGCAGCCUUCACUGAGAACGAGCUCAACCUGAGGGAACAAGAAUGGCAACAGAGGAAGAACCAGCCCCCCAAGCCCCCCAAGCCCUCCAAGCCUCCCAAGGCCCAGUAGAGCCCAGCCCUACCUUGCCCAACACAGCCCCAACGUUACUGCAGCACUGUGAACAUGUGAUAUCGUUGCUUCCAUGUUACCGAAAGGAUAUUUAAUAACUGGAAUCAUAUGUUGAGUAACUAUAUAGCCAUUGCUCUGACAUUGCAGAAUCUGCACCAGCCAUAAUUUAGUUCUAGAUUGUUGAAUAUGUAGCUCGCAGCUACCAGUACAAAACAGUAGGUAAAAAAAAAAUUUUUUUUAAAAUGAGAACACAGCAUGUAGGGAGGAUAUUCUUAAUUUUAAAGCGGCCCAUGACCUGAUACUAUAUGUUCAGAUUCUGCACAUAUUUGUUUUAACUUUCCAGGGGUUUCUUGGGCUGUUUUGAACAUAUUUUAUACAUUUUUAAUUUUUAACACAUGCCAUAGCUUCAAUUAAUUUGUUCUUAGUAAAAGUGAAAUUAUGUAUUACGUUUUGUUGAAUUGUUUGUCAGAGUGCUAUAAGAUUUCAGUUUCAUUUGUUACUUUAAAAAAGAAUGUUUUUGCCAUUUUUGAUAAUGUAUGAAGAAUCUGUGCAGCAUUCUUUUUGUUAAAUUAUUCUGGGCUCUGCUAGCAAAGUAUUCAGUAUUUCUAAUACUGUAUUUCUAAAACAAGUCUAAUACAUGUUGUUUAAUAUUUUGUCUUAUUCUACUACAAGUGAUUUUAAUGAGUUGAAUUUGAAAUAUUUACCUUUUCAAAAUAAGAUAAAACACCUGGAGCUGGUAUUCUAUAAUUUGUAAAGUUAACUUUUGCAAUGAAAGAUCAAAUAGAUCCCCCCCCAAGAUACUUAACUGCAUAAAUAUUGCUUAGCUUA